AUGUCAUCCCAAACAUACCGUUCUACUCGUUCCACCGGUGCUGAAGCCUUCUCUUUCGAAGAAACCGUCUUGAAAGGUUUAGCCUCAGAUGGUGGUCUUUUCAUUCCAUCAGUUAUUCCAAAAGUUGAUUCACAAAUUAUUGAAUCAUGGUCAAAUUUAUCAUUUCAAGAUUUAGCUUUCCAAAUCAUGAGAUUAUAUGUUAAAGAAUCUGAAAUCCCUGAUGAAGAUUUGAAAAAAUUAAUUCAUAAUUCUUAUUCAACUUUUAGACAUGAAGAUGUUACUCCAUUAAAUACAAUUGAUGAAGGUAAUGGUCUUUAUCUUUUAGAAUUAUUUCAUGGUCCAACUUAUGCUUUUAAAGAUGUUGCUUUACAAUUCGUUGGUAACUUAUUUGAAUAUUUCUUACAACGUAAAAAUCAAGGUAAAUCAGAUGCUGAUAGAGAUGUUUUAACAGUUGUUGGUGCUACUUCAGGUGAUACUGGUUCAGCUGCUAUUUAUGGGUUAAGAGGUAAAAAAGAUGUUUCAGUUUUCAUCUUAUAUCCAACUGGUCGUAUCUCUCCAAUUCAAGAAGCUCAAAUGGCUUCUGUUUUAGAUCCAAAUGUUCAUACUUUAUCAGUUAAAGGUACUUUUGAUGAUUGUCAAGAUAUUGUUAAACAAAUCUUUGGUGAUGCUGAAUUUAAUAAAGAUCAUCAUGUUGGUGCUGUUAACUCAAUUAACUGGGCUCGUAUUCUUGCUCAACAAACUUAUUAUUUCUAUUCAUAUUUCCAAUUAUUGAAAAAAGUUGGUUCUGAUAAAAAAAUUCGUUUUGUUGUUCCAAGUGGUAAUUUUGGUGAUAUCUUGGCUGGUUAUUAUGCUAAAGAAGUUGGUUUACCAGCUGAUAAAUUAAUCAUUGCUACAAAUGAAAAUGAUAUCUUGGAUAGAUUCCUUAAAAGUUCUAAAUAUGAAAAAGGUGGUGAUGUUAAAGCUACGCUAUCACCAGCUAUGGAUAUCUUAAUUUCAAGUAAUUUUGAACGUUUAUUAUGGUAUUUAGUUAGAGAUAACAUUACUAAAUCAGAUGAAAAAGCUGGUGAAACUAUAAAUAAUUGGUUUGCUGAAUUAAAACAAACUGGUUCUUUCACUGUUCAAGAAGAAGUUAUUUCAGCUGCUAAAAAGGAUUUCGAUUCUGAAAGAGUUGAUAAUGCUGAUACCAUUAAAACUAUUAAAGAUGUUUAUACUUCAAACACUACUAAAUAUGUCUUGGAUCCACAUUCAGCUGUUGGUGUUACUGCAUCAUAUAGAAAUAUUGCACAAGAUAAAGCUCAAAAAGUGGAAAAUGUUAAAUAUAUUUCAUUAUCAACUGCUCAUCCUGCAAAAUUCGCUGAAGCUGUUAAUCAAUCAUUAUCUUCAAUUGAAGGUUAUUCAUUUGAAAAAGAAGUUUUACCAGAAGAAUUAAAACAAUUAUCUACAAAAGAAUUAAAAAUUAAAUUAAUUGAUGAAGCUAAUGUUGAAGUUGUUAAAGCUGCAAUCAUUGAAGAAUUACAAAAAGAAGGUAAAUAG